UGUGAUUAUUAACACAUAUAAUCUCGAUUGGUUGUGAAGAACAACACAUGAACGUCUCCUUGAAGGCUAUAAAUGCCCCUCAAGGGUUCUCCUCCAAAGGACCAACCUCAGGGCUUUGCAAGCUAGCUGAAGUGAAGAUUCGAGCUCGGGAGCACUUUGAAGUUAUCUACAACAACAGUGACAAUGUUAACAAUAUGGUGGGCUACAUGUUUCUCCAGGUUGGUCUUGAAGUAGCUAGGGUCUCUUGUGGUGGCAGAGUCCAUGGAAGGAUGACAGCUUGGAAGUCGUGUCUCUAUUGAUGAAGAUUAGGGCUCACUUAAAUCCAACUCUCUCAAAGGAUGAGGGUGGAAUUGCUUCUUUGGUUGAUGCUUGGUUCAAGAAUAGGAAGGGUGAACCGAUAUUCAAUUUUGUAGGUAAAGUUCUAUCUCAUAAGAGAAUUAACUUGAAUGCUUUUU